GGGGCUCUGACCACGGUGCGGGGGCGCACGGCACACAGGAAAGAGCGCCCAAUGGCUGUGGUUCCGGCGGCGCCGCGGGAGCCGCUGGGAACCCGGAAGGAGCGCCGAGGACGGCGGCUCAGGCCGCAGCGCGGGGCUUGCCGGGAGCCUGGGGAAAGGGUGACUGCGGUUCCGGCCGCGGCGCGGAGGCCGCCGGGAACCGGAAGUCCGGAAGUCGGCUAUGGGUCUGCGCUGUGUGGUAGUGCGGGUCAGCGGGCGAGGUAAGCUCGGUCCCCGCCUGCCCGGGGAUGGCCACUCGCGCGGGGCCCGGGGCUGCGGUGCCGGCGCGGCCGUGGCGGCGCUGCUCGCGGCCGCGCUCGCGCUCUAUGGGCCGCUGGACGCAGUUUUACAAAGAGCCCGUUCACUGCAUGAAGCACACUCAAUAAAGGAUAUGGACAGCACCUUUCAGCUGGUGAGAAAUAUCAUCCCUGCUCUCACUGCCAAGAAGCACAAAGGGCAAGCCGGCAGGAUAGGCGUAGUGGGAGGCUGCCGAGAGUAUACAGGAGCCCCAUAUUUUGCAGCAAUCUCAGCUCUGAAAGUGGGUGCAGAUUUGGCUCAUGUGUUCUGUGCCAGGGAGGCAGCACCUGUGAUUAAGUCCUACAGCCCGGAGCUGAUCGUCCACCCAGUCCUUGACAGUCCAAAUGCUGUUCUUGAGAUGGAAAAGUGGCUCCCCCGGUUACACGCCCUUGUCGUGGGGCCUGGCCUAGGUAGAGACGGCCCCCUCCUCGACAGUGUCAAGGGCAUUUUGGAAGCAUCCAAGGCCAGGGACAUCCCUGUCGUCAUCGAUGCGGAUGGCCUGUGGCUGGUAGCGCAGCAGCCAGCCCUCGUGCAUGGUUACCGGAAGGCCGUCCUCACUCCCAACUACAUGGAGUUCAGCAGGCUGUAUGAAGCAGUGCUCAGAGGUCCUGUGGACAGCAGUGACCCCCAUGGAUCUGUACUGAGGCUCAGCCAGGCCCUUGGGAAUGUGACGGUGGUCCAAAAAGGCGAGCAUGACCUGAUCUCUGAUGGCCAGCAGGUGCUUACGUGCAACCACGAAGGCAGCAGCCGCAGGUGUGGCGGGCAAGGAGACCUCCUGUCAGGCUCCCUGGGUGUCAUGGUGCACUGGGCACUCCUCACUGGACCUGAGAAGACGAAUGGCUCUAGCCCGCUGCUGCUGGCCGCCCUGGGCGCCUGCUCCCUCACCAGGCAGUGCAACCACCAGGCCUUCCAGAAGCACGGCCGCUCUGCCACCACCACCGACAUGAUCGCAGAGGUCGGAACCGCCUUCAGCACGCUCUUUGAGACCUGAGCAGCGCAAACUGGAAGAAAAGUGGCACCAGACUGGGGCACGCACCUGAACUGGAGACCUCAUGUCUGCGUGCCGAGCCCCCAGUGUCCAAGCAGCCAGUUGCCUGUGAGGGUUUGGUAGAGAAUUUAGGAAUUGGGACCUACAUUUUCUGUCUGAACUGAACACGUAGUUGGGAAUGUCACGACACUAAGCAGAAUCCUCCAGCAUUCUUCUUAGGCUUCUCAGCAGUUGCCGAGGAGAAAAAAGGGAGGCCUGUGGGCCACCAGUGGGGCUUCUGAGAGCAGCACCCACCGCUCCUCUGCCACGCUCCCAUCUUCUCUUCUGGCGGCCGCUCCUCGUGAAGGCCACGUUUGCUUUUUAAUCAAGGCCUGCCAAGGUGCUGUGUUCACUCUUAAGCUCUUUUGUUUUCUCAGUGCUGACUGGAUGUUGGUUGUGGGGUUAAUUUAUUAAAGUGAUUCAGAAUUAUCUUGAUAAACAUCCACUAAAACCUUUUGGAGGCCCUGUGGGAAUGCAGAGUAAACCUGGGGCAGUGGGGAGCACUGAGAUGCCCCCACCUUACACUCUGAUCUACGGCUGUGCCCACACAAGCCCCAGCACAGCAGCAUGAUGCGGGAGGCCUGAUGUCCCUGAUGCACUGGAAUCGCUGUGCAGGGAGUGAGCAGGCUAGACUUGGGAAGUGGCAGCCUUGCUGGGGUGACAGCAUGGAGGAGACCCCAGGGGAAGACUGAUGUCACUGUCACUUCUACUUUCAAAACAGCAUGGCUGUGUCAUCAGUUAUAUGACCAGUCCACUAAAGAAAUUGUUAACUCUGAAUUCCAGUAAAUAAGACAUUUUACUGCACUAUUGACCUUGGGCCAAUGCAUGAUGUCAUACAGUGUCUGACAUUCUUGCUCUCUGGCCCCGUUUCUCAGGGGAUGUGGUCCUUGUGUGUGUGUGUGUGUGCUGAGAGUUGACAUGCCUUUCUUCCCCACUUUGGAGGGCUUUCUGCACUUGGUGUCACUCACAGGUGGUACCUUGCAAUUCAGAAUGGUCUAACUCUGUAUUAGAGCACUUGUCUAGCAUGGGUGAGGCACUGGGUUCGAUCCUCAGCAUCACAUAAAAAUAAAUAGAAAAGGUAUUAUGUCCAUCUAUAACUCAGGAAAAAAAAAAAAGUCUUGAUGGUUAUCCUUUAUGUUCCUCCAAGUACUGGAACCCAAAGCUUGGCACAUGCUAAGCAAGUGCUCUCCCAGUGAGCUACAACCCCGGCCCUUUUUAUUUUGAGACAGGGUCUCGCUAAUUUGCCUAGGCUAGCCUCAAACUUGCAGUCCCUGCUUUAGACUCCCAAGUAGCUAAGAUUAUAGGCAGAUGGUUGUACUUUCUUUAGAUCUAGUUAACUUUAAAGAUUAAAAAAAAUUAUUGCUACUGUUAUGUCAAACUUUAGAACCUAUCUCCAUGUGAACUAUUCUGGAAAAAUGGCCUUGGUGCUUUUUCUUCCAGGGCAAAAGUCUGGUAGCUGUUACAGAGUCGGCUUACUUAAGCGUGAGGUUUGCUGAGUGAGGACGCUGGCAGACGUCAGAGAAGCAGUGGCAUUCUCCCCAGUGCCUGCCAGUGUUGCGCAGAGCCACCUGUAAGCCUGAAACAGCCACCUUCCAAGGAAAUAAGGCUCACCAAAGUCACAGGAACCGGUCACGCUUUCAUCACUUAAGCUUCCACUCUGAAUAAGGCAAUAGUCUUCGCUCAGGAGAGGUGGGGGGUUGUCAUCUAGGUUAUUUUAAUGCAACCAGCUGCACCCUGCUCUUUGACAAACCCACAUGUACUCACUAGUUCCAGCCAAAGACACUUACACUGGGAGUGCCCCUGGGACCUGGCCAGCAGCAGCUGGGGGGGUCAGGUGAGCACUAGUUUCUCCCAGGAGUAUUUGGCUGUGUUGUCAUAAGGUGCACUCUGGAAAUCCCUCUGCCUUAAUUCAAGUAGUGAUUCCUGAAUGACAUCCUUACCAGGAGGCUGGGGUGCCAGUGCCUUCAGGGCCCCAGGGCUUCAAUAGAGACAGUAAGCUAGGUUGUAGCUGCACCAAGCCACAUGCUGCUACAGGCAUGGGAUCAAGAGCAAGGGCCAGGAGAGGGUCUGGCCCAGGAUCUGCAAGCUGGGGAAGCCACCUCCUGCUUGUUCCAGGGGCAGCUGUGGCGCUCCACCUACCUAUAGCCCUGCAGGAUGUUAGCUGUGGCUCUCGUGUGCUCUCCUCAACUCCAAGGACCUCAGCGGUCACACAUCUGGCUAAUGGAGUCCCUCUUAGGUUCCUCCUGUGCAAUCUGGUUCUGGGGUGCAGGGCCAGCUCACAUCCUAGACUGCUGAUGGCUGAUGUGACUUCAUUAAACCAAAUAUCCAGUCUGGACACUGGCACUACCAAAUUAUUUUUUCAGACUUAGACACCAGUGGGACAGCAUCCUUUCCCUCUUCAUUUUAAUACUCACUGUUAGGGUUUGGAUGAGUUGUCUCCCAAAAGCUCAUGUGUGAGAUGAUGCGAGGUUUAGAGGAGAAACUAUUGAAUCAUAAAAGCCUAAAUCCAAUCACUGAAUUAAUCCCCUGAUAUAACUGAGUGGUAACUGAAGGCAGGUGGGGUGUGGCUGGAAGAGGUGGAUCCCUGGGGGCGUGGCCUUGGGGUACAGAUUUUGUAUCUGGUGAAUGGAGCCUCUCUCUGCUUCCUGAUCGUCACGUGAGCCACUUCUCUCUGCCACACUCUUCUGCCAUGAUGUUCAGUGUCACCUUGAGCCCUGAGGAAUAGUGCCUCCUGUCUGUGGAUUGAGACCUCUGAAACCGUGAGCCCCAGGUAAACUUUUCUUCCUAAAAUUGUUCUGGUCGGGUCUUUUAGUCACAGUAACGAAAAAGCUGACUGAAACACUGAAGAGCCACCAUUGGAAACUUUAAUAUAAAGUUUUCAUCAGAAGCUGCAUGCGUGUGUGGGCCCCAUGGCUGCUCCUUCCUCAGCUCCCUGGCUUCUGGUACUUCAUCCUGGGAUCCAGCAGUUCCCAUGUGGAGGCAGUGCUGCUUCUGUCCUAGAGAAGGAAAGUUUAGGUCCUGAGUAGACAGCAGGUCACCUGACCCAAGGGUGACGGUGUGAAGGAAAAGAAGCACCCGCUGCCUGGAAAGGCACGUUGCUGUCCUCCAGAAGGCCAGUGGGGCAGGGGAGGCUGAGCAGGACCUGGGCCCAGACCCUUCCGCCCUUCCAUGGUGGGACGCAGUGGGUCUCUAGCCUGUCAGCCCCCUCUGGGGGGCUGCUCUCACCUUAAUGUUGAUGCCGUGCAUGGCAAGGUCCUGCCGCAGUGCAUCACACGCCUCCAGCAAGGGCCGCCUCUCCUGGAGCAUUUGUCGCCUGGCCUCCCCAGUGGCCUCAGGUGUGGCAAGUGCAUACUGCCGGACCUUCAGCCGGAAGCGCACCAGCUCAUCCACCACGCUGUGCAGAGUGGCUGCACUGCUGUCUCCUGGAAUGCACUGAGCCCAAGGCCACAUUGCAGUGUGCAGCAAGCCAGCAUCCCUGCUGGGGACCUCAUGGGGAUGAGCCAUGGGGGUCUGGCUGCAAUCUGUCAGCCAAGCUGACACCCAGCUGUGUGUCCAUGUGCACAUAGGCACAUAGGCUUCAGGGCCCUUCCUCCUGAAGUGGACCCAGACAGCAGCCUUCAGGUGGGGGAAGUGAAUGAGUUAUUUUGACAAGGGUCAGGCAUAAGUUGGCCAUGGGUUUUUUACUUAACAUACUCUGGAAAGCCUUGUCUGAAAAUAAACAUACAUGCCGCAAAGUCCUGGUCACCUUAGGCCAUUAGAGACUUGUGUCCAGACAGACCUGGACUCCAGUAAGGUGAGCCAGUCUACCAGGUUAUGGGCAGGUACCUAAAGGAGCCAGACUUGGGACCUGCUCUGGAAACCCUGUAGCCCUCUGUUAAGAGCCAAGGAAUUCAUAGUAGCAAAAGUCCAGACAGAUGUGCCAGGCUUGGGCAGAGAGAGCAGCCUGGACCAGGGACCAGGCCCCAGUUCCUAAGCAGUGAGAUGCUCUUGAGUACAGCCACUAAGCAAAAACAGCAGUCCCCUGUUAAAGCAGUAAAUGGCUCUGCCCCCAAAGCCAGCAGAAGACCCUGGCAGAGACAAAAGGCUCAGCAGAGACGGGGCUGCAGCACAGCUCGGGCGAGCAGGGUUCAGCCCACCUGGACAAGGACCCUGCACACCUGCAGUACCGGCCUUUCCACAUUAGCAGGGAAAGCAUGUGCAGAAUGGCCUUCCUGAACGUCCUGAAGCUGCUGUGUGUAGCAGUGUGAGGUAGGCAAGGAAGAAGGGACCUCACAUGGGGCCUCAGCCCAAGAGGGUGUCUGUGCAGUGGGCAACUCCAGGGGCAGGGUUCCUGCACUGAGGGUGAGGCAGGCAUGCACACAGAGCUGGCAGCUGUCUGGGGAGGGGCCAAGAGGCAGCUCCUCCCUGGUCAGAGGGUCUCCUAUGGAAAGGGACAGGGCAGGGGUGGGCCCUGGGCCGCAGUCAACAUAGAUGUAUAUGGUAGGGUCCUAAGUGGCUUCAGGGGCAUGUACACCCCAGCUUGACACCCUGCAAGGUCUGGCGCUGCCAGCUCACUCUGUGCCCUGUCUGCAUAUCUGGAAACCUACGGAAAAGAAAGGCCUCUCAGAGCAGCCCACAGAGCUGCAGCCUCUUGCUUGGAACUCCACGAGGACAUCCAGGGGAGGAGGGAGGCUCCGCCAGCCAGGUGAGCAUGGAAGACAAGAUUCAGCUCGCCGAACACAACAGGGAGCCGAGGCCCAGCUGGUUCCCAGGACUCACAGGCCUCCCACUUAAAGGGAAGGAGCACAUCACACUGAAGCCUGGCAGCCUUUGCCCUAAUGCUGUGGUCCAUGUGUCACCAGAAAAGGACACGGGCCUGGCUCUGCCGUUCCUGCCAGUGACGCACAGCCAACAUCAUGGACUAGACAGAAAAGUCCCAGCAUAGCUGGGCUGAUGCUGGGAAGGCCCUCACUGGGGCAGGUGGGGAAGCCCAGAGGGUGCCUGAGACCAGAGUGCUAGUGGUGGCCACACCAUGGUCUCGCACUCAGGCCUCAGCUCUCUCAGAUGACUAGGGGAAAGGUGUUCCCAUCCUAUACGUGUGACCCUUCUGUAAUUCCUGAGUCUCCAAACAAGUGACUGCGGCUCAGGCUCUGGCUCUGCGCAUACGUCAGCCCUCAGCAGACUCAGUGAGGGCUUGAGUGGGGUUAUUUUUUGAGAAAAGUAACACAUUUUAAAGCAAUAAAAUGUUAAUUUAGUACUACAGUUAUCCUUAAAAUGAGCAUUUAAAAAGGAAAACUGCUAUUGUACCAUCAUGUAGGUAUUCCAGAAGUAGCUUUUGGGGAGUGAGGGGAGGGAAGGGUGCAGGGGAGAGGGAAAGAUGGUGGAAUGAGAUUGACAUCAUUACCCUAGGUACUUGGGUGUGAUCUCACGAGCAGUGUGACUCUACAUCAUGUAAGACCAGAGAAAUGACCAGGUAUGCUCCGUUCAUGGACAAUAAUCGAAAUGCAUUCUGUUGUCAUGUUUUACUAAUUAGAACAAAUAAAAAAUUAAAAAAAAAAAGAUAGGACAUACCUGCUGAUUUGCUAGAGAAAUUCCAAUAG